UAACACGCUCGCGCCGAAUGCUGAGCGCGCGCUUUUUAACCGCGCUUAACCGCCGCUUACCUCCAAGGCUGCUGCAAGGAUCUGCAUUACGUUGCGCUCCGCUGACCGGUCGAUCCGUUCCUGUACCCUGUUCCUGUGUUCCGUCGUUUCCGUUCACUACGAUGACUGCUGCUUCAGCGCUGCUGCCGGCCGAAUCGGCCGAGCUGAUAGUGAAGAACGCCCAGUACGUGAAGGUGCACCCGGAAGCGAUCGAAAAGCUGGCCGAUCGCGUUAUCGAGGGCAUCCAGAAGAAGGAAAUCAACGUGGACAACUUCUCGCAACAUCAGCACCACCCUUCGGCGACCGAUACGCACGCCGCGAACUGGAUUUUCCUGAUCGAUACCCUUAACUUCUGCUUCUGGACACCGGGCAAGGAUGCUACCAAGUGGAAGGUGGACGGUGAAACGGGAUACUUUGCGCUGUGUGCCGCCAUCAAUCGCGCAAUGCGUGAAGGCAUCGAUAUCACGAACCCAGGCUACUACUCCUCCAUCACGCUCGAGCAGCUCGAGAAGAUCCUCCGUUCCGACGAUGAACCAUCAACAAAGGCACCUUUGCUCGAGGAGCGAGUACGCUGCUUGCACGAAGUAGGCCACGUGUUGGUUGAAAAGUAUGAAGGCAAGUUUGAAAACUUCGUCCGGGGAUGUAACGGUUGCGCACGGACACUGUUGCAGCGGAUCGUGGCCGAAUUUCCAUGCUUCCGCGAUGAGGCCAUCCUGAAGCAUGAGGACGGUGAGACACGUGUUUCGUUCUACAAGCGUGCCCAGAUCCUGGUCGGUGAUUUGUGGUCCUGCUUCCGUGGCGAAGGAUUGGGAAGAUUCGAGGAUCUCGAUGCGAUUACCAUGUUCGCUGACUAUCGCGUACCGCAGGUCCUCGUCCACUUCAGUACCAUGUCCUACGAUGACCGGUUGAUGGGUGUGCUGAGGGAGGACACGCUGCUACAGAACGGGUGUCGCGAGGAAAUCGAAAUUCGGGGCGCUUCCAUCUAUAUCGUCGAACAGCUGAAGCGCCUCACUCGGGAGAAACUGGUCGCUAAGCAUCCGGAUAUUGCACCAUCCUGUGUGAACGCCAUCCUGUUGGACCACUUCCUGUGGGACUAUCGCCGUAAGCACGCCAAGGAACUUGAGUACAUCCCGUUCCACAAGACGAUCAGUGUGUACUACUGAACGUCUGUUCGGGGCCGUUCAGUUUUCCUUCUCUCGAAAGUCAAUAAAAUUGGCCGCUUCUUCUAAGAAAA